AUGUAUUCAUUGAAUAUUCUUAUAUACCGGGCCAAGGAAAAAUAUAGUAUUUUAGCCAUUUUCUUAAUAUUAAUUGUGCUAUCAGUUCAAGUAGAGAGUGUGAUUUAUACAUACGAAGAUGUGGAGUUAAGAAGAAUAUUCCCAAACGAAUUCCCACAGGACACAGUACGAAAAAGUGGAUCGCUGGAUGCUGAACAAUUAGGACGCUACGCUGAGCUUGAACGGUACUUUAAGUAUCCAAAAGCUGAACUAAACAGCCAUUUUGAAGAAUUGGUAUGCUAUCAAGAAGGUCAAAGAAAGUAUUGCAAAGUGGAUUUGGACCGACACACCCCCGACGAGAACAGAUACUACAUGUCAUCAAACGAGCGGAGCCAUCUUGAUCGCCGACGGUUAGUAUUGGCCUGUGUCCUUGCCCUUGCGGUCGCUGCUCCUCAAGCCCAAAAUCCUCAGGAUGUGCAAAUUUUGCGCUAUGACAUCAAUAAUAGCGGUCUGGAUACUCAUGAUUUCGCGUUCGAACUCUCCGACGGCACCAAGCAUGAAGAAAGAGGUGAACUGAAAAACGCUGGAAGUGAAAAUGAGAUCUAUGCUGUUCAAGGGCAAUACUCCUGGGUAGGACCUGAUGGGGUCACUUACACCGUCUCCUACAUAGCUGAUGAGAAUGGCUUCCAACCCACAAUCACGCAGACUGCCGGGGGAGCAGUACCCGAGGGAGUCAUCGCUUUACUAGGCUAA